GUUAAAUGUACUCAAAGAUAUGGGUGUGAGUGAACUGGAAUGUGCAGACACAUGCAAAGGGUAAGGUGACAGAGGGACCAAAGGUUGACUCCCAGCCGGAAUUGUGAGAAACCACGUCGCCCAGUGAGAACAUGUAUUUAUACCACUUUGAAGCCCGUACAUAACUCAUUUGGGGAAGUGAAUAGGACUGACACUACAUGUGACAGUUUUCACCCUGCCUUCAAUACACAAGUGACAGAGGGAAAGAAAAUACAGCAGAGAUUUUAUAUUUUGAUCUGGAGUGUGAAUUGUUCGUGGGAUAUGGAGGAUGAAAUUAUCUUUAUUGGCAGGCCUGUUUGAGACAUGGACAGAUUCUCUCUGAUGUCUCUCUCCAUUCAGUCUUUUGAAAAGUGCAUAUCUAAGGGAUUACAUAAGAUUUUUUGCAUGUUUUUGUCGGCUAUCAAUUUAAAUGUAAAGGGAUAUUUUAAAUGCUCACUGGAGAGCCAUUGAUCUACAGGUAAAAAAAAAUGUUCAUUCAUUUUCACAGGAAAUUCUUUUUAAUUUAAAUCAAGACAUCAACACGAGUGAUUUAAUUUCUGCAUGGUUGUUGUUUUCAUGAGCGGAUGAACCUGUGAAACAAUCAGGAAACGGUGUUCAUUUAUCUGCUUUAUUGACACACAUGAAAUCUGACACACCUGGAUUUUUAAAAUUAGACAUAUAUAUACAAUAUGAUAAAGACUUUAAUGUGACUGGGCUCUUAAUGAAAGGGAAUAGUUUGUUGGCGUUGUGGACUUGUCUGGAGUAACACCUGUCCGGAUUGGAUCAUGUGAGGACGGUUGUCUGGCUAUUGCCGUCUGCUCGGCUCAACUGACGUCUACUUGUGAUGGAAUGACAGCUCUCCCAAGUAUCAUAGACACUAAUUACCAAUAAGCAGAUUUCUCUGUCUUAGGUGCAUUCCACUACUGAAAUUUUGUUCGGAUGUACUUUGCUGUCUUCUCCAAACCGGAAUCUCCCAAAGAUUCAAAACAUAUUAUAUUGAAGGUUUACAGUAGUGAUGACUCGGAGAAAUGCUAUGAGGUCCCAGUUACCCCGGAAACCAUUUGCCAGGAUGUAGUGGCCUGCGUUUCCACAGAGGACAGCAGCUAUCUGGUCCAACUCUGGAAUGGACAAGAAAAAGCUUUGGAUCCACAUGAGAAUUUGUAUGCAAUACUGAGGGGAUGGGAGAACUUUCGAGAAGAAGUCAAAUUCAUUGUCAGGGAUCAUCUCCCUUCUGCGAUUCCACCUUACCCCCCAGAGGAACUUCUGUCCCCAUAUCAAACCCAGUCCCAUCCCCAUCCAGAGGAGUUAUCUCACAGUCCAACUGACCUACAUCUAGGACACCCAAAUGGUCACCACCAUGUAGUGUACGUGGAUGGUUAUAGCAGCGAGGGAGGGGCUUACUCCGACCCAGAGCCCACCCAGAGGUGGAACCUGGGGGGUGACCGGUCCAUCUAUGACAGGUGGGCGGUUCCUGUCCCUCCACAAGACCUCCACAGUGGGGCUGUGAGCGAUUCUCAAGCACCAGAUAAUAAUUAUGGUCAGAGAGCGCAGCAGAGAAAUGGAGUGGGAGAUAUAGUACCAUCGCCUGUCAAUGGGCUGCCAGGCGGAGUUGACCUGACCUUGUCAGAGCUUCAGGACAUGGCUGCUCGACAACAGCAACAAAUCGAGAACCAGCAACAAGUCCUGGUGGCCAAGGAACAACGGCUCAAGUACCUGAAGCAGCAGGACCAGCGGCAACAACACAUCGUCGCGGAAGGCGACCGGCUCAAAAAGCUGAGAGAUCGAGUCGAAUCACAGGAAAUGAAGCUCAAAAAGCUACGAGCCCUGCGUGGGGAGGUGGACAAACACCGAAAUACCAACGGCACUCUCAACACAGAGCUGGAGAGUGUGAAGGCACUGUUUACAGAAAAGGAGAAAGAACUUGUGAUGGCCGUUGCAAAAGUAGAAGAAAUGACGAGACAACUUGAGGCGAUUCGUAAUGAUCGAUCCAGUGCUAAAAACGGAACUCAAAAUCCUGCUGCAUUGGAGCUGGAGAAACUCCGGAAAGAACUAAUGAUAAGGAAUAAGCUGAAUGAACAACAAAAUUCCAAACUGAACAAGCACAGAGAAAUGUUGAAUCAGCGCAAGGAGGAGAUUUCCAAGAUGGACAAUCGUAUUCAUGAAUUGCAAGAGAGGCUGAAGAAGAAACGAGCGCAGCAAGCUGAGCAGAGGAAAAACCUUGACAACAAAAAGUUGGACGCCAAUCAUAAUCCUCGGCCUAGCAAUGUGGCUCAAGUUGAACCUUACAUACAGUUAAGGAAAUCCCCCGAUGCUAUUCAUAAUGAGGCUGACCUCAAAUCAAACUUUGCAAAACAAGAUCCCAAGUAUCAGACCUUGCCUUCAAAUGCAAAGCUCACCUCUCCCACCAAAUCAGACAGUGAACAAAAUAACAAUAACAUACAUAAUAAACAGGAACCAAAACCUCCUGAGCGACCACCGAGAUUGGAUACAGGAAAUAGUAAUGGACCUGUCACAAGCUCGCAGGUGUCAGAGUCUGUUAUCAAAGCGGCACAGAGGUAUCAACCUGCCGUAUCGGCAUCGUCAGGGCAUCCCGUGAAACCACCCCCACCCCCACGGUCAGCAAACACUGGCUUAACCUAUUUCACUCCGCGGCCUUAUGGGUCAACCUACAGUUCCUCAGUAUUAGCAAAUAGGGCACAAAAUCAGGGUCUGGCCAAUGGGCCAACGAUAAACGUUCAGGAGGAGAUUCGGCAAGGGGGGAGUGGGCAGAGUUCACCAGCGUCCAGUGAAGGGUCACAGAACGGCCGAAACGAUCAAACCAAAGAACACAAUAAUACCUCACAGAGUAACGGUGCUCCUUCCUCAAGGAGACUUCCCCCUCCCCCACCCCCAUCCACCAAUACCAAAGACAUUCCCCCACAGUCUAAAAGUGAGGAUCAGGUGGAUUCCUCACGACCUGUGAGAAAGCCCCAGGAGGAUUCUAAUGUUAGGACCAGCAAUGUGAAUGGACCAAAUGUGAAUUCUGUGAAGCCAGUGGACAGCAAUGGUGCUAAUAAUCCUGUGAAAACUAUCAAUUUCGCUUCCAAAAACCAGAUAGCUAAUACAUACAUGGGACGAUUAAGGCCAGAUGCUUUGCAGAAAUAUCAGAAAAAUAUGGACAUGUUGUAUAAAAAUCUUGCCAGGGGAGAUGAGGCAGAAAAGGCACAGCAGGAAAAGUCAGAGAAUGACAAAAAUAGGGCACAAAGUGGUCAGAAACCUCCAGUUUCUGAGCCAGCAUCUCAGCAACCUCAUAAUCUUGAUCACAUUCAUUCAUUCAAUCCUUCAGGGCAUCAGUACCCAGAUUUGACAUCGGACAAGAUUAGCCACAACCGCCCCGCAAAGAAAAUUCACCGCCGUCCCUCGGACAGUAGUGAUAGUGAGGAAAUGGUGAGACUUUUACACAAACAUGUGGACAGACAUGAUAAGAACCACAUUCUCAACAACACCCAGGCUACCUCUUUCAUAGGAGGCGUUCCGGAAGAUGUUCCUGUGGAUAGCAUGGGAAAUCUGGUGGAAGAUUUCGAGAAAGAGGAAGACAAGAAUGACCAGCCUUUGAGUUCUCCUGAGGUUGUGAACACUGAGGUGGUGCCCAGAAAAAAGACCAAUUUACGAACCAAGCAUUCCAGAAGCUCAGGAAACCGUGUCAGUUUCGACCCAUUAGCUCUCCUUCUGGAUGCUUCGUUGGAAGGAGAGGUAGAGAUGGUCAAGAGGUGUGCUUCACAGGUUACCAAUGUGAGCGAGCCCAAUGAUGAAGGAAUCACGGCUCUACACAAUGCUAUCUGUGCCGGACAUUACGAAAUCGUCACUUUCCUGGUGGAAUUUGGUUGUGAUGUCAACUCCCCAGACAGUGAUGGAUGGACCCCUCUCCACUGUGCAGCUUCCUGUAACAACAUACAGAUGGUCAUUUUCCUGGUAGAACACGGCGCAUGUAUCUUCGCUACGACGAUCAGCGACCAAGAAACGGCAGCUGAGAAAUGUGAGGAAGAUGAGGAGGGCUUUGAUGGCUGCUCUGACUACCUCUACAGUGUGCAAGAAAAACUGGGUAUAUUGAAUGGAGGAGUGGUGUACGCUGUGUUCGAUUAUGAUGCCAAAAAUGAGGAUGAACUCAGUUUUAGAUUGAACGACCAGAUCACCGUUCUAAGGAAGGGUGAUGAAAAGGAAAAAGAAUGGUGGUGGUCUCGACUCGGGAACAAGGAGGGGUACAUUCCUAAGAAUCUAUUAGGGUUAUAUCCACGAGUACUACCGAAAAUCAGAAGUGAAGACUGUUGAAUCAUGCGAGCCAUCCCUUGUGCUUUUUCUGCAGUGCUAUGCAUCUACAAAAUAGAUAGCUGUCCCGCCUGAGCUACAAAGAGACCCCCCCCCCCCCACCCCCCAGGAAAUAGAAGACAAUUGUCUCGUAAAAAUGUUGUAGCCCCUGCAAUAAUGAAAAGAAGUGCUAUGUACAAAAGACCCACCUAUCUAGAUCUGAAUGCUGUAUAUUUUUUUUAUCAACUUUCAACACAUGAACAAAUUAUUUUAACCAAGAUAAUUGUAUAUUUUUUUGAGACUAUGCUUUAAAUUUUUACGGAUAUUGUAGAAAAUAUUUUAAAGCUUUCUCUGAAUCAUGAUCUGUGCCAUUUAGGCACAAGGAAUACAACUUAACAAACUUUGAAGGUUGCACACUUUUUGCAAGAAUUUAUCAGAAUUUCUUUUCAACAAGAUAAUUUAAGAAUGCAUUAGUUUUGAAUAUUCUUAGAUCUUCAUUCAUUUAUCAUAAAACUUGUUCAUUCUCUCUUACAUUAUGAAUGUUCAUUAGCAUAAAGUAGGGCAAGAAUGGGUGAGCCCAAGAAAGUGCAAUAUCAAUUCAUGAGUUGGUUGAAGCCAUUUAAUCCUCUCCUAAAGCCAGCAUAAUCCAAAAUGCAAAAUUAAUUAUCCUGACAUUUUUGUGUUUUAAAUUUUCAAGAUACAACAUUGAUUAUUUGUUGUUAAAUAAAUUAAAAUUACUGAGCAAAACUUAUCGAUGGUUUUUAAAGAGUGCAUACAAUACAUGUAUAUUUUUUUAUAUCUUAAGAUUUUUAUCAAUGAAGACUUUAAGAGAUACAUUUUUAAACAAAAUGAAAUACAUAUAGAAUUGAUUGAAAGAAACACUUUUAAACUGAUUUCACACAGUAGGGAGAGUACCAGCAUUUAAUUGUUGUAGAAAGUUGUCAUCUGAUGAUAUGUUGUUUGUGAACUGUUUGUUGUAAAUCAUGUAAAUGUUGAAAUUUGUACAGUUUUUAUUAUUUAUAUAUUAAAAUAGAUUAUAUUCUUUCACAUUUUUAUCAUCAAUUACAUCCGUCAUUUUUCAUCAAUAUCUUGGCAAUCUAUGCAAUGUAUCAUGGAAAAAAAUAUGAAGCCAAGAAAAUAAAAGUAAUUUACAUAUA